AUGGCUAACCAAGAACUCUCCAAAAGUCUAGGAGAUGAAAUAUUACAUCAUCUUGAAAGAAAUGCUAAUAUAUACAUACAAACUUAGGAUUAACAUAACAAUAAAAUUGAUGAUCAAACACCUUAGAUGAUGAUUCCAAUUAUAAAUAUAUCUCCUUAGAUUUCAAGUCUUAGAGAAAUUAAAUUAGUCAACUCCCUACUGGAAAAUGGAGAUGGAUAAAUUCAUUCUGUUAAACUCAUUUGCAGAAAUUGCAAAAAAUAAGUAAAUAUUUAUUAAUAUUGUUAAAAGGUUUAAACUAAAUUAAGCAGAAGAGUUGGGAGUGGUACAUUUAUAGUUUCAUGUGUUCUACUUCUAUGUUCUUUUGGAAUCUGUUGUCUAGCUUGUCUACCUUGUUAUGUAGAUGAUUGUAAAGACAUCAUUCAUCUUUGUCCAGAUUGUAAACAUCCAAAUGGAUCAACGCCGUACUCAAUUUUUUAAUGA